AUGAACCAACACAGCUCCAAGGAACAAAUUGUCAAGGUAGUGACCCCUUGGAAAGGGGGACCCACGUCUCCUCUUCGGGCUGUGCCCUACAAGGUUGGCCACCAGGCACUUGCCAACGUACUCCACUUCCAGGCCCGGCCCUGUGGGCGUAUUGCUGUGUCUGAACUUCAAACAGAAGUGUCUGAAGAACCAGACACCUCAAAGAUAGAAGUUGUCUCUGUGACAGAGGAAGACCUUCCCACCGUUGAGACCCCUAACACUCUGAAUAUCAGCCCCCUGGGCAGUUUUAUUACUGAUGUUCAACCAGAGAAACCACCAAUAACAUCAGAAGAGCUCCAGCCCCCAGCUACACCCAGCUCAGCCAUGCCAGUCACAAAAGUACAGCCUUUUAUGAACGAGGAUGACUCACGUGAAGGCUGGAAGUACAGGAUACUGGCCCGUAGGUGUGAGCUGCUUGUUGCGUUAUGUCUCAUCGUGGUUAUUACUCUUACUUUAAGCAUCGGCCUUGGAGUGAGUGGUUGCAGAGAACAUCAGCUCGUGGACAAUGACCAUAAACUUGAGUGUGGCUUGAAGAUUGAUGACCCUCAUAAAACCAGAGAGGCAGGUAUUUAUCAGCCAGGGGUUAUAUCUGAAGUCAAAACCAACACACACAAGAGGAGGUGGGCUCCUGGUUCAGCUCAGGGAUCAGCCUUGCUUUCCUGUCAGUGUCUCAGAUGCACUACACACCUCACAUUCAGCCAUCACCAUUUUCACUCAUCACUGUUUUUGCUGCUUUGUCAUUGGUCUGGUUGUAUAUCAGUGCGUCUGAGUGGCAACAGGUCGGUCCUGCAGGUCCAAAAACGAGGAGAAUGGAAGACGGUUUGUUCAGAAGACUGGAACAACGUGCUGGGACUCUCAGCCUGCAAACAGAUGGGCUAUUCCAGGUCUCUACUUUGGCUCCACAGUAUUUGCUGUCUAUUCAGUUCUGGGUCAGUAGCUCAUGGAAGACCUAGUGCCAAAAGAAAGGACCUGAUUUAUGUGGAGUCUUACUUCAUCCCCCUGACCUCCGUUGAGAGGAACCUCCAGACCAGCCUGAUUUCCAUCAGCUACAAUCGCUCAGAAGUCAUCAGACUUCAGAAUGCUCCAGUUUUAAGCAAGCCCCAGUGCAGCUCAGGGAUGGUGACCAAACUGAAAUGUCUUGUGGUGUUAAUAACUGUCCCAAACCUGAUGACUCACAGUAAGAUUUACCAUCUGUCUGUUCUAGAGUGUGGCUCCAGGCCUCUGUCCAGCACUCGCAUUGUUGGAGGUAAUAUGUCCAAACCAGGUCAGUUUCCCUGGCAGGUCAGUCUCCACCUCAACAACGAACACAUCUGUGGCGGCUCCAUCAUCGCACCUAACUGGAUCGUCACCGCAGCACACUGUGUGUGGGGACACAAGAGCUCCAUUCCUCAAGCAGAGACGUACUAUAAAGUUGUGUCUCAGUAUCUAAUAUUUCCCUACAACAGUGGUUGUCUGGGGAAGAUGAUGUUUUUAUUUGUAUUGACAUUUAGAUCAGAGUGUGUGCCAAAGAUUCUCGCAUACACACGGUCCUUAAAUGUGCUUUUUCUCCUUUUAUUUGUGACUAGAUACGAUCUAUCCCAGUGGACAGUCUUUGUGGGGCUUACAGAGCUGCCGAUCAACGGGGCCAAGGCUAUAGCUGUGAAGACCGUCAUUUCCCAUGGUCAACACCAAAACAACAGAAUACCAGAUUAUGAUAUUGCAUUGAUGAAACUGGCUACAUCACUUGUGUUCACCAAUAAUGACUUUGUGAAACCCAUCUGCCUGCCCAACCAUGGAGAGGAGUUUGCAGAUGGUACUAUGUGUUGGAUCUCUGGGUGGGGAGCAACAGAGUUUGAAGGUGAGUCUGAAUGUCGAAAAAAAACCUCACUUCAGUCUGACUUCAGAGUCACUGCUAUAAUUAGUAAUGCAGAUAGAAUGAUGGCUCUGAGUCACAGCAGAUGUGCUGAUGGUGGAGCGGGGGUGUGGGAGGGUGAACCCAAAGGGACAGACUGGUGGAGCUCUCCACGUGACACUAGACCAACCAUUGAAGUCCCAAUGGCCAGCCACCACAUAAAACCUGGUUACCCAAUCAACUCGGGUGGACGAAACCAGGCUGGAAGAAACAACAGCUGUGUCCAAUGCACCAUGACUCGACGUGCUGGAGGUUUUCUGUACUGCCGACCGAGGGGAGCAGACCCGCAGAUCUCCUCACACACACUGGCACAGAGGGACAGAGACAGCAAUCCAUCUCCCUUUAUUCCAUCUGCCUCGCCCCUCAAUCAGACAGCCAGCGCAGCACCUGCGUGCACCAAGUGGAACACCAUCUCACGACACAAACACCCUAUUAAGUCUAAACUUUGGACCGUUUCUGUUUUCUGGUCAGGUGAGAGCAGUGUUGUUCUGCGCUCAGCCAUGGUACCCCUCAUCUCAGCCAAGACCUGCAACCAGCCAGAUGUUUAUAGAGGUAGACUCACCUCCAGGAUGAUCUGUGCAGGUUACCUGGAAGGAGGAGUUGAUGCCUGUCAGGGGGACAGUGGAGGUCCUCUAGCCUGUGAACGGUCUUCUGAGUGGAAGCUUGUCGGGGUGACUAGCUGGGGAGAAGGGUGUGCUCUGAGGAACAAGCCAGGAGUUUACACCAAUGUCCCAGCAGUACUCAGCUGGAUCCACCUACAGAUGGAGAGAGAAGAAUAUCACAACUUCUCUACUCAAAGCACAAAUAACUAACAAGACUGAAGCAGUGACCGCGCCUCUGGGUCCAUCCAGACAUCCCAUUGCCUCGUAACCACAUUCAGAACCGUCUCACACUGGACUCUCUGGACGUCCUUGAAGCGAAUGGAGAGAAGAAGCUACAACACGAGGAGAGUUAGGCAUUGUUUAUUCCAAAAUAUAAAGCUCUAAGGCAAAACAGACAAGAGAACAGUGAACAUCGCUUCAUCAAAAGCAAGACAAACCCAAAUGAAGAACAAAGCUCUGCGAGGCCACAUCAAAAAGUAACCAAAAGGGCUAAAAACCAGAUUACUGCAGCUGUCGUCCACUAUGUUACAGUGAUUCAAACAAGAGGCACCCCACUUUGUGCAGUAAUCACACCUCCACCCAGGGAUUUCAGAUCCUUCCCUGCAUGAAUCUGUAGUGGUGAAGCGGUGGAGCUUCAUCCCAGUCCUUAAUGCAGGUCAGAGACAUGGAUUCCAAAAGUACAUUUCAAUGUAGUAUAGAGAACAUGUAUGGAAAUAAAAGCGUGCAAAAUGUCCACUGCUUCUGGCUGACAUGGUUCUGGUUGACACCAUCCCUCCAGAGGCUUCUGCCCCAUGAUUGUGUGGUUAGCAUAGUGUUCUGGAUUGUGCAUGUGAGAAGGCAGAGCUGAUGCAAGUCCAGUGGAACGAUUCAAAGAUGCACGUAUGGUAUACACAAUGUAGCUCCAACUGGAGCUGUACUUCAAACGACUGGAGCGCUGCAGUCGGGCUGCUACAAAAGGUUAUUUGUCAGAUUUACAGCAAAGUUUCAGAACACAGAGAAAUCCCAAACCGUCGCUUUCCCUAGUCCUGCAGUUUAGUGUCUCUUUGACCGAUUUCACCAAAGGGUCAGACGUUUGUGCUUCUUGGUAAGAAGUCUUUACAAAAGAACACAGAUAAGGCCUUGUUAGUAUCGUAACUUUAAAACCAAUUUAAAUAGCAAUUUCAUCAGCAUCCAUUUUCUUCUGCUGUUUUUAGAAAACUUCAAAGAACCCUGAAAAACAGGGUUGCCAAGUUUCAUUACGAAUCUGUACAUAAAUACUCCUUACAAAACGGAACACAAAAUGAAACAAAAACACUAAUUCCAUAUGUUUGUAUAGAAAAAUAAGCAUCUCUACGAUUUUCUCACUCGCUCCACUUGUGCUCAGCUCAGCCCUCGGAGGCCCAGGAGCCGUGGAGUCAGCUGGAGGAGUGUGCACAUCUACUCAAAACACAGGCAUGCAAAAGUGAAGACGAUCCGUUACGUAUACAACUUACUUCCAAGUGUUGGCAUCCAAAACCAAAAGAAAACUCAACGGGAACCGGGGCAAGGGAAACAAACAAAUCAGUCAACAUGUAUUAACGGAGCAUACGAAGUAGCUUCUGGUGUUCUCAACACGUCUUUUUCUUUUCUAACUGAUUUUAUAUUUUAGAGCUUAAAUAUACAAAAAGUGCACUCACCUACAUGAAUAAACGUAUUAAAAAACCGUUUCAAAAGUGAAACUCCUGAUGCACACACACACACACACACACACACACACACACACACACACACACACACACACACACACACACACACACACACACACACACACACA